AAUCAAGACUUUGUGGAGAGGCUGAGCUCUGAUUUUAAACCCGCCCUCCGGAGAGAUCUAAUUUCCCCAAAACCUCCCAUUUUCUCUCUCUCCUUCUGUCCCCUUUUCUUUAUCUCUUAUUUUUCGUCUUUCGCUGUAACCUACCCCCCACUCACGAAUCAUGGAUCUCACAACGAGAUGUUUGUUUCUUCUACCCUGCCUUUGCAUGAUAUCUGCGAUCGAUUUAGAAGCAAUAGACACAAGCUACUAUGUGGAGCCUACUGCCACUUCAGAUGUUAUCGACUAUAAGGAUCCCUGUAAAGCUGUUGCCUUUUGGGGAGACAUUGCUCUGGAUGAGGAGGACAUGCGCAUGUUUAAGGUGGACCGGAUUAUAAACAUGGCCCAACGGACCGUCCAGACCUUCAAUGAGACAACCACAGGGUCUUCUGCCAAUGAGACCAGUCGAAACAGAGCAUUGCCAAACCGGCAAGGAUCACACCGCAGGAAAAGGGCGGCAACAUCCAGACCUGAGAGGGUAUGGCCAGAAGGUGUCAUUCCCUAUGUCAUCAGUGGGAACUUCAGUGGCAGCCAGCGGGCGAUAUUCCGCCAGGCCAUGCGUCACUGGGAGAAGCAUACCUGUGUGACCUUUAUGGAGAGGACAACAGAGGAGAGCUACAUUGUGUUCACCUACCGGCCAUGUGGGUGCUGUUCCUAUGUGGGCCGCAGGGGUGGCGGUCCCCAGGCCAUCUCCAUAGGAAAGAACUGUGACAAGUUUGGAAUAGUGGUGCAUGAGCUUGGCCACGUGAUUGGUUUCUGGCACGAGCACACCCGGCCCGACAGAGACGAACACGUCAGCAUCAUCAGGGACAAUAUCCAGCCAGGACAGGAGUAUAACUUCUUGAAGAUGGAGCCAGGGGAGGUGGACUCUCUGGGAGAAGUGUAUGACUUUGACAGCAUCAUGCACUAUGCCAGGAAUACAUUCUCAAGAGGAAUCUUCUUGGACACCAUCCUGCCACGCUAUGAUGUCAAUGCAGUGAGACCGCCAAUUGGCCAGAGGACAAGGCUAAGCAAAGGGGAUAUCACACAGGCACGCAAACUCUACAAGUGUUCCAGAUGUGGAGACAGUCUGCAGGAAAGCAGUGGGAACUUCUCUUCUCCUGGCUUCCCCAAUGGAUACUCAGCCUACAUGCACUGCAUCUGGAGAAUAUCGGUCACACCUGGGGAAAAGAUCAUUCUGAACUUCACCUCCAUGGAUCUGUACAGGAGUCACCUGUGUUGGUAUGACCAUGUUGAGAUCAGAGAUGGAUACUCCAGGAAAGCCCCUCUGAAAGGUCGUUUCUGUGGGGAUAAGCUGCCUGAACCAAUCAUCUCCACCGACAGCCGCCUAUGGAUCGAGUUCCGCAGCAGCAGUAACUGGGUGGGGAAGGGCUUCUCCGCUGUGUAUGAAGCCAUCUGUGGAGGGGAGGUGAAGAAGGAUAUCGGACAGAUCCAGUCUCCUAACUACCCAGACGACUAUCGGCCCAACAAGGUGUGCAUAUGGAAGAUCAGUGUGUCUCAGGGCUACCACGUCGGCCUGACCUUCCAGUCCUUUGAGAUUGAGAGGCAUGACAGCUGUGCCUAUGACUACCUGGAGGUGAGGGAUGGGAACUCCGAGAACAGCCCACUGGUGGGACGCUUCUGUGGUUACGACAAGCCAGAUGACAUUAAGACCAGUUCCAACCAGCUCUGGAUGAAGUUUGUGUCUGAUGGCUCUGUCAAUAAGGCUGGCUUCGCUGCCAACUUUUUCAAAGAGAUGGACGAGUGCUCCAAGCCAGACAAUGGUCGCUGUGAGCAACGCUGUGUCAACACACUGGGCAGCUACAAGUGUGCCUGUGACCCGGGCUAUGAGCUGGCUGCCGACAAGCGCAGCUGUGAGGCUGCAUGUGGAGGUUUCAUCACCAAACUGAACGGCUCCAUCACCAGUCCGGGCUGGCCUAGAGAGUACCCCCCCAACAAGAACUGUAUCUGGCAGCUGGUGGCGCCCACACAGUACCGCAUCACCCUGCUCUUUGACGUCUUUGAGACGGAGGGCAAUGACGUGUGUAAAUAUGACUAUGUGGAGGUGCGCAGUGGGCUCUCAGCAGACUCAAGGCUACAUGGGAAAUUCUGUGGAGCAGAGAAACCUGAGGCCAUCACCUCUCAGUACAACAACAUGCGCAUUGAGUUUAAGUCCGACAACACUGUCUCCAAGAAGGGAUUCAAAGCUCAGUUCUUCUCAGACAAAGACGAGUGCUCCAAGGAGAAUGGAGGCUGCCAACACGAGUGUGUCAACACCUUCGGAAGCUACAGCUGUCAGUGCCGCAGUGGCUUUAUGCUGCACGAGAACAAACACGACUGCAAAGAAGCCGGCUGUGAUCACGUUGUGAACAGUGUGACUGGCACUAUCACAAGCCCCAAUUGGCCAGAUAAGUACCCCAGCAAGAAGGCAUGCACCUGGGCACUCUCCACCACCGCAGGCCAUCGCAUCAAAAUCGCCUUCAAUGCAAUUGACAUGGAGGCCCAUCUAGAGUGUGCCUACGACCACAUUGAGAUCUACGACGGGCGCGACAGCAAAGCCCCCAGUCUGGGUCGCUUCUGUGGCACUAAGGAGCCUCCUCCCAUCAUGUCCAGCGCCAACAAGAUGUUCAUCCGCUUCUUCUCUGAUAACUCUGUUCAGAAGAAGGGCUUCGAGGCCUCCCACACAGCAGAGUGUGGAGGUCGUCUCAAGGCUGAGGUCAAGACCAAAGACCUGUACUCCCAUGCUCAAUUUGGUGACAAUAACUACCCCGGUGCAUCUGACUGUCAGUGGGUGAUCGCUGCUGAGAAAGGCUAUGGGGUGGAGCUCAUCUUCCAGACCUUUGAAAUCGAGGAGGAGGCUGACUGUGGCUACGACUACAUGGAGCUCUUUGAUGGUGCUGACACCAAGUCCCCAAGGCUAGGACGCUACUGUGGCUCUGGGCCUCCUGAGGAGAUCUACUCUGCCGGCGACUCCAUUGUAAUCAAGUUCCGCUCUGACGACACCAUCAACAAGAAAGGCUUCCAUGUCCGCUACACCAGCACUAAGUUCCAGGACACACUGCAUUCGCGCAAGUGACCAGCGGGGGCCGGAAAGGGCCGGGUGGGGAAGAGGGGCAAGCGGAGGGGCCCACAGGGGAGGCGCCAGCCUGACACUCGGAAACCUUCGGCCACCAAGAUCAUUCAGAAACGACAGAACAGCCGCAAGAGCACCAACCGCACCUCAGUCCCCAGGGCUCCAGCUCCCGACAGACUGUGAGGAGUAAAGCCAUUCUGCAGUAGACCUUGUUUUUACCUUUUUUAUGGUUAUGAUUGGGGUGGGUGGGUGGAUAUUCGGUUUAGGCGGAUUCAGGGGGAAAGUUUAUCUACCCCCAGGUUUUUUAUUUUAUUUUAAAAACAAAUGCCUCCUAAUGAGAGCUAAAUGAACAACAGUGGAUUCUCAGGACCUGUAGGAAAGCAGGCAUCAGCUGGACAGAUCCCUGCUUUUGUCAGGCCAGCUCACCAUGCCAGGGGGAAAGAAGGAGAAGAGGAGGAGACCGGAGGGAGUUCCAGAGGGAUUAGCCAAGCCCAACCUCCCGGCCGCAAUCCUCCGGAAUACUAGAGCUCCUCUCCUCACAUUCCCAUCCCUAUUGUUCAAGGAUUCCAAUCCAUAAGAGGAUUAGAGGAAUACCUUUGACUUGAGGUUUUGAUACUGUAUGUCAGAGUUGCAAGUGUAAUUGGAAUUGUCCUGGCAACCAGUACAGGAUUCUCAUUAUUACCAUUAACAAGGAAAUUAAGGAAGCAGUUAUUUAAUAAAUCAAAUCUGGUUGGUAAUUGCUUGCCCAUUGAGGGGCUAUUGCUGUACCUCUCUGUGUAAUUGUAAUGAGUAUGAUUAUUCAAAGGGAAGUGACAUGCUUUCCUCAACUCAAAUCAAUAAGCACUUUACAGUGAAUUGUUCCAAAUCAUGAACUAAUGAGAUUUUGUCAAAUGCAAGUUCACAGAUUUUUUUUUAAUGCAUUAUUAUGCAAAUCACUUCUAUUCCCUGAUUAUUUUUUCAUUGCUCCAUUUAGUUUCUCAGGCGUGCUGGAGAUCUGUUUGUACCCUGUAACAUUGGGGAAUAAAGAUGUGGUUUCUGUUUCAGUGUUGAUCUACAGGUUUAAUGUGCAGGAUUUUCUCCCACUAGACUACAACUCUCCAUAGAUAGUACAAUAUCCAGGUGCAAGCCAGAGCCUCCUUUAUUGUAAUAAAAGGCUCUGGGUGCUGGCAAGUCUGAGUAGUCAUUGUCAUAGCAACCAUUACACAAUAUAAUCAUCUGUUUAUGGUGGAGCACUGCAGAAGUCCGUGCUAGUAUGAAAGUGUUGGUAUUUUGCAGCAAGACUGAUGUUGAAUACAUGUCAAUGACUGUUAUCCCACUCUAUUUUCAGGUUAUUUUUCAUUUGACUGACAAUUCCAGCUGUGUCACUUAAUGUCUUUGCCUUUUAUAACCAAUCAAUGCAGAUGUUUAGCAUGGUUGGAUUUGUAAAAACCAAUGGAUGUGCUUGUGAUAACAAAGUAAGUGCUGUGUGCUUGUAUGCUGCCAUAUGCUCCUGUCUCUUUUCAGCUGUCUGUGUUUAGCAUGUGCUGGUUAGGUGAGAGUCCUGGGCACUGUAGAGAGAGAAUACUUCCACAGGAGUCAGAACUGAUUAUUUUCUAAUAGCCUGAAGCACAUUGGUCUGAGACUGCCAAGCUCCACAAACCAAUGAAGACCAAGCAUUUUCAGUUAUUCAAUCGCACACUCUUAGCCCCCCAAAAAGGCUAACCAUUUCAUCUUCUGAAAUGAUUUCCUGGGUUUAGUUUGAGUUUCAGGCUAUAUUUGGUUUCAACAUAUCUGUAAUAAUGAUGACCUGUGAACAUAUCCAGUGACCUCUGACAUAAUGGUUCAGCCACUGUUUUGCUCUGUACAAUACUGCCUUAUUAUUCAUGUUGCAUGAGUGAUAAUGUUAUCAAGCAAUAAUCCUCAGGGUGGCACCAAAUAGACUGUGAGCUCACACUAGCUGUGCUCACUGGAAACCAAAUCUGUACAUUUAACAGUAACAAAUAGCAUAGCCUGUCUUUGUGCAUUUUAAAUCUGCUAAUAUGAAAAGUAUUUCUGUAUUUUUUUUUCUUGCUCAGCAGGAAAUACAUGGUUCUGUUCAGUAAAAUUAAAAAGCAAUUAUUCUUGGAAUCCAUUUAAUUAACUAAAUAUUAUAUUCUCUGCCAUGGUUGAUGGACAGUAAUUACAAGUUCUGAAAUGAUCACAUCAGCUUGUUUCAUACAGCUCUAGUAGGAUAUAUAAGCACAGACAUCUAAUCAUAUUCUAUAUUGAGCUCGCAAGUGGUGCAGCGGUCUAAGGCACUGCAAUUCAGUGUGUCACUACAGUCCCUGGUUUGAAUCCAGGCUCUAUCACAUCCGGCCGUGAUUGGGAGUCUCAUAGGGAGGCGCACAAUUGGCCCAGCGUUGGCCAAGGUUUGGCCGGGAUAGGCCAUCAUUGUAAAUAAGAAUUUGUUCUUAACUUGACUUGCCUAGUUAAAAGGUACAAAACAAUGUUGAACAUAAGCUGUCAGGGUGAUGUGUGCUUUAGGGCUGUAUUGAAUCGCUUUACAGAUAUGCAAUAGAAAUGUAAAGGUCAUUUAAGAUUGAGCCGACAUAUGCAGUGUUUACAGUGAAUGCAGCCUCCGCUAAAGCGGGAACAUUGUCUUUCAAUUUUAAUUGCGCUGUAAAGCUGAACUUCCGCUGUCUGGAUUGAAUAGAGACACUCGUCAUCAGACAGUAGGUGGCUUGUGGAUAUCUAUGUCAAUAACAGUUCUUUGUUUGCCUAAUGAUUUACAUGAAAAAUGAAUUGCGCUCGAGCGAUUUGUCAUUAAUUAUUUACUGUCACCAGAGGAGAAGACAUGUCCCAGCUGUCACAAUCGGCUUAGUGUGACACUCGAAUUCACUGAGCGUCACACUAAACUGAUUGUGACAUCUCUCUUAGUAUCUCUGCUCCCCUGAGAUAUGGUGUUACCAAGCAAAAUCGGAGGCAAGGGCUGCAGGACAAGGACACACACAAGUGUGAUUGUAAAAACUGGAGCCGUAGUUAAGGGCAGUAUACUUGCAAACAAAAACAAUCAAAAUAACAGUGAAAUAACAUCUGUUUUGAAUGUUUGCCCUUCAAGAACAUCUAUAAUUUCCUCAGAGUAAGUGGGUAGUGCAUUAGAGGUGCAUUUGAAAUGUGCCUUAGAACCUUAGAUGGUUAUAUGCAACAUAAACCUAUAUCAUUUCAAGUAUCACUCUUAAAUGAGUUUGAAAUGAAGGGAAUUAAAAGAACCACUUUUUUUCUUCCUCCAUCUCUCAUACCUUUUUUAUUUAAUGCUUACAGCAACAGGUCUACACACAAUGUACUGAAGUGUUACAGAUUCCACAAUAGACAUAAGGUCAAUUCCAAUUGAGCAGACGUGGAAUGUUUACAGUGAAUGCAGUCGCCAUUAAAGGUGGAAUAUUGGCUGUAAAAUUCCAUCACGCUGGAAAGCUGAAAAAUCCGCAAUGUGGAUUGAUUAGAGUCCAGUUACAGAUUCGUCAUGUAGGCCAACUUAAAAACAUUAUUUAAGCAAUAAUAACAUGAGGCCCUGUGUUAUGACAUUUUUAUCAUGGCUGUGACCUGGUCAUUCGCCUCAUGGCAUAGACUAGUGUUGUGCGGUCUAGCUGUUUGUUCACUCACACCCUCCCACAAUUGCUGAUAGCCUAACCCCUCCGUAACCACUAGACUAUAUGAUUAAGUGAAAAUCUGAGGCCCGCACCUGCAAAUAUAUAAAAUACACUGUAGUCUACAGUCAAAGACUGCAGAAUGUUGUUUUUUUGCCAAAUUUGGAAAUGUUCCUGCUUAUAAUUUCCGACAUUUUGGGAGGUUAUUUCGAGAGUUUUUGACUAAGGCUCUAUCUGCAUUUUUGUCACAUUUGAGUUACAGACAAAGCCUUGUUUUGUUAAAAAUGGUCUCUAGUUAUAUAAUACUCUAAAUAACCCCAAUUGAUGUUGAUAAACCAAUGAGGGUUUGGACCUUUAAAGCCAAUUAUCUCAGAAUCAUCGUUUUGUAGAUAUAAACUUACAGUCCCAAGCUCCCCUGAAUGAGAUGUUAGCUCCCCUAAAUGCAACAGAAGUCAAACUUUGGGGGGGGGGGCUUUAAAAAUAUGCGAAUUUAACCAUUCUUUAAAAUGUAGUGGUAAAUGCACUACAUGACCAAACGUAUGUGGACACCUGCUCGUCGAACAACUUCCAAAAUCAUGAGCAUUAAUAUGGAGUUGGUCCCCCUUUGCUGCUAUAACAGCCUCCACUCUUCUGGGAAGUGUGAUUCAUCACUCCAGAGAAUGUGUUUCCAUUGCUCCAAAGUCCAGUUGCGGUGAGCUUUACAACACUCCAGCCGACGCAUGGCAUAGCAUGUGUUGAUCUUAGGCUUGUGUACAGCUGCUCGGCCAUGGAAACCAAUUAACAGUUAUUGUGCUGACGUUGCUUCCAGAGGGAGUUUGGAACUCUGUAGUGAGUGUUACAACCAGAGGACAAUUUUUAUGCGCUUCGGCACUCGGCGGUCCCAUUCUGUGAGCUUGUGUGGCCUACCACUUUGAGGCUGAGUCUAGUUUCUCCUAGGUGUUUCCACUUCACAAUAACAGCGUUUAUAGUUAAAUGGGGCAGCUAUAGCAGGGCAGAAAUUUAACCAACUGACUUGUUGGAAAGGUGGCUUCCUAUGAAGGUGUGAUUGAAAGUCACUGAGCUCUUCAGUAUGGACAUUCUACUGCAAUGUUUGUCUAUAGAGAUUGCAUGGCUGUGUGCUCGAUUUUAUACACCUGCCAGCAACAGGUGUGGCUGAAAUAGCCGAAUCCACCAUACUUUUGUGUAUAUAUAGUGUAUGUUUUACAUUGGUAAAUAUGAAAAUAAAAGCUUCUAAAUUAAACGAA